AGAGGAGGAGAGAAACAGGAAAGGCCGGGGGGCGGGGGAACGAGCCAGCAGCAGCAGCAGCACAACUGACACCCUGCAUCUGGAAGCAGCAGCCUGCGGCAGCUGGGAGGAACCUCCCCAUGCGCCCCCCCCUCCUGCUACAGCAGCGGCCGGGGAGAAGCCAGGGAAGUUCACGGGCAGAUCGGAUCGGUGCGGGAGGGGAGGGGGAAGCUGGAACACGGCCCCCCCCCACACACACACACUUUUGCGCCUUGGCAGUGAGAGUGACACGGAGCCCCGGGAGCUGCCGGAGAAGAGGCGGCAGGAGGCGCCGCGAUGAAGCCCUGCGAAGAGGAGGGGCUGGGGGCCGCGGCCGGAGGGGACCCCUGGAAGGAGUGCAUGGAGGUGGCGGUGCAGCUGGCGCUCCGGGCUGGGCAGAUUAUUAGGAAAGCUCUUACAGAGGACAAGCGAGUGUCUACAAAAACAUCUGCAGCAGACCUUGUGACAGAAACUGAUAAAUUUGUAGAAAAUGUGAUUAUUUCUUCUCUGAAAGAGAAGUUUCCCUCCCACAGGUUUAUUGGAGAAGAGUCCACUGCUGCUGGUUCAAAAUGUGUCCUCACUGACAACCCUACCUGGAUUAUUGAUCCCAUUGAUGGAACCUGCAAUUUUGUGCACAGGUUUCCAACAGUCGCAGUUAGCAUCGGAUUUGCUGUUAACCAAGAGCUUGAAUUUGGUGUAAUUUACCAUUGCACUGAAGAACGAUUAUACACUGGCAGAAGAGGUCAAGGGGCAUUUUGUAAUGAAAAAAGGCUUCAGGUAUCAAAAGAGACAGAUAAGUCGAAGGCCUUAAUAUUAACAGAGAUUGGUCCAAAACGCGACCCUGAGACUUUGAAAUUGUUCCUCAGUAACAUGGAGAGCUUACUGAAAGCACAAGUGCAUGGGAUUCGUGUAAUCGGAAGUUCUACCUUGGCUCUGUGCCAUCUGGCAUCUGGUGCUGCAGAUGCAUAUUACCAGUUUGGUUUACACUGCUGGGACUUGGCAGCAGCGACUGUCAUUAUUAGAGAGGCAGGUGGUAUUGUGAUGGAUACUUCAGGUGGACCUCUAGAUCUCAUGUCAUGCCGAGUGAUUGCUGCAGGCACUAAAGAGAUGGCCAUGUUCUUAGCUCAGGAAAUACAGACUAUUCACUACAGACGGGAUGAUGAGAAUUGACAUUCCAUUCUUUUACAAGUAACAUGGAGUCUGUCCUUCUAAUCUUAAUUUCAUUCAAGAUGGGUGUAUUAGAGGGUACAUGAUUUUAACAGCAUGCUUUCUGUUCAGGUCUUCUGUGUCAAAUGUUUUAAACAAUUUUAUUACAAUGUGGGAAAAGGGUGGGGGGAGGGAUAUUUUUUUAAUCCUCUAAAGUUUGUGGCUUCUUUUUAAUAUGCAUCUAGUUCAGCAGUACCUUUUUUAUAUGAUCACGUGUAGCACUUGCUCUCAGAUUCAAAGUUUCACAUCUGUUCAGGAUGAAACUGAGUCUUUUGUAACAUAUGCAACUGAAAAGAAAAUUUUAUUUUUACAAAACUCAGAUCUCAGGUAAAUGAGCGUUAGGAUUGUAGUAGGUGAUAAGUAGUUAAAAUGUGUGCCUACAGUACCCAUAUUCAACAGUACUUGAGAAUGCAAUAAAAAGUGUUAUUACUCCAUUACUGUUUUCUAGCUAUGUAUCAUGACCAUAUAUAUGUAUAUUUUGAUGUUUACAGUUAUUUACAGAGUGUACAGAAAAAGGUGGUUUUAGGUAUUUGUUCCAGGGAAGAGAAUAUAUUACCAUUAUGAAUGCAGUAGGAGUUACCUACAUGGUUAAUAAUAGAGUGCUAAAAACCGAAAAUAUUUUUUUUUUCAAAUUGUCUCUUCAACUCUAGCUAUAGAGAAUGUUAACCAAUUGGUGCCAAAUCUUACAGUCUUUAUUGAGACUUCAAACAUUUACUAGUAGCUGUGACUAGGGGGCAGAGUGCUUAUUACUACGAUGAGUACUGACGUCUAUGUGGGAACCAUUCAUGAUGGUAAAUACUACACAUGGUAGUUAAGUUCUGAAGAAUAGGGCCCUACAUCAUGGAACUAUUGACUUCAGUGGAAGUUUUGCCCUAAAAGAAACUGCAAGAUUUGAUCUUUAGGGGUAAAUUGUAAAAAGUGGCACCUUAGUUAUGUUUGCAAGAGGAUAAUUGUAAACACAAAGUAUUAAUUUUGCACAUAUAAUUGUUUCCACCUUCAAAAUAUAUGGAAAUCCUGUAAAGUAAAUGAGUAAAUCAUAAAGCCCAGAAAUUCUGUGCAACUCUAGUUUUGUGUUUGGCACUUUUUAAAUUUUGUCAAGUUGAUACUUUUUUUUAAAAGAAACCAUAUCAACUGACUCUACUGAACUUCUUAAAUGUUAGUGUCCAGAAAAGAAUUUGAGAUUAAAGAUGAGGACUUAUCUCUAGCUUUUCUAUUAUGUUGAGAAUCAAAUCUACAAUUUUUUUUAGUACAAAGAAACAAAAAAUCCCACAAAAUAUAUUUAGCUCUAAAUCUCAAAAUCUGUUCCUAAAUUGCACAUACAGAAGACUGUGUAAAUGUGCAUAUAAACUGCAAUGAGAAACUGGAAAUUGAGUAUUAGUGGUCGCCGUAUUAGUCUGAAUCUGCAAGAAUGACGAGAAGUCCUGUGGCACAGUCUGUA